UGAUGUUUGUCAAGUCCUUCUCUCUCUGCAACUACCCACAGGAGUCCCCUGCUUCUUCUCUCUCCUUCUUUAACUUCAACUUUUUUAACACUUUUUAGCUUCUCUCUUUUUCACCAGUGCUCUGCGAAAUUGCCUUUCAAAGCUUAUUAGGGCUUUUUCCUCUUGUCAUUACAAUAACAAGAAAUCAAAGAUAAGAUUACAAUCCCAUUAAAUUUAACAAAUCUCCUUCCUUUUUUCACUUUCAUGACAAGGGCCCUCCGUCCUCAGCCUCAUCUGUCGGUGUUUCCUUAUUUAUAUCAUUCAUCUUCUUCUCCGUCUGUUUUGGGUUUUUUAAGGCCUUUGGAUCUACUGUUAUCUAAAAGGGGUUGCAGCGAGUGGUGGGUUAACUUCAGAUUGCUCUGUUUUUUUCCCUUCUUUUUUUUUGUUUCUUUUUUUCUUUCAUUUCCCUUUUUGAAAUCAAAGAAGUUUGUGUCAAAGGGGAAUGAUUUACUUCAAUUUUGGGCCUUUUUGAAGAGCUACUUUUUUGAAAACUUAAAUGGGAAGCAAUUUGCGUUGAACGAAUAAACGUGAUCCAUAGUUACUGUGCGUCAUUAUGUAUAGUUACUCUGCGGGUAUGAAAUGAAAGUUUCUGGAUCCUCUUCUUCUUCUUCUUAGCAAUUUAUAUGUGAGAAACCUAUGAGGUUGGUUCUUUAAACUGCCCCGCUUCUUGGGUUUUUCUCUUUCAUAUGGACAGCUUAGCUGAUUUCACAUUUUGUUCUUUGAGACUUACAGAGUUUCGGGUUCAUAACUCAGAUGGUUAUCGAUAGCGUUUACGUUACCAAAUCCAGUUUUUGAGUCAUAUCUGGCAAAUCGUUCAAUGCGAUUUUGAGUAGUAGUUUUAGCUGUUUUCAGUGGCGUCAUCAGAGUGAUGGAAGACAUAGGGCUGUUCAAGCAGGGAUGGAAAUGGCUUCAAACCCAGAAACACGUGUAUUCGCGGGUGCGAACUGGUCUGGGGUGCUUUAGGGAGAAAAUGGGAGUGGUUGCAGAGCGCCAUUGGCCGAUGGUGUGUAGUGGGUGCGCGAGACUCUUUAAGCUUUUGGUGUUGCUGUUGAUUUACUGGAAAGACUGCGUUUUUCGGGGUUUUCAGUCAACUAUUAAACUGGGUUCGGCUUCGUUGCUUGUCAUAAUGUGGAGUUGCUUUCUUAGUCUGACUUCUAUUUCUUGCUUGGUUUAUGUACUCCUCAGUAUGGGAGCUGCUGGUGCUGCAGUUAAGUACCUGGGUUACACUCCUGGGCUUUUUAUAGUAGGACUUUUUGCUAUUCUAAUUUUAUGGAUGUAUGCUAACUUUUGGAUCACCGGAACCUUGUUUGUAGUUGGAGGUAUGCUUGAUUACUUUGACAUCGGNNNUGCUCGGUUGGUGGUCUUGAUGGCAACUGUAUAUGCACUUUAUUGUGUCAAAGUUCAACUUGGAUGGCUUGGUGUUUCUCUGUCAGUUAAUCUUUCAUUUCUCUCAAAUGAUCUAUGUAAUUGUCUGCUCCAAUGGUGUGACAAUGUGAGUGAAAGCACACAUUCUGAAGAACUGAAACAAGCAGAAAAAGUUCUGGAAGAUGAGUUCUCUGGAGAGUGUGAGUACUCAGUUCCUGUUGAUGAACCUGAGAAGGUGCACUCAAGUAAAGCAUACACCAAGCCAGCUGCUACAACUAUUGUUACUAACCAGAAGGAGUCUUCUACUAGCAAGGUGAUCAGAGAAGAAAUCAAUUCAGCUGAUGAAAUGAGAAGGAUAUUAAAUAGUAUUGAUCAUUAUGAGGCAUUGGGUUUUCCUCGUCAUAAAAAGAUUGACGCUAUAGUAUUGAAAAAGGAAUACAGGAGAAAGGAACAUGAUUGUUUUAUUUGUCUCUGGCAACAUAAAGUUCCAAAGCCACAUCAUGAUCAUUGAGUCUUCUUCAUCCCACAUGUCAAACGCGGGGUCUUCUGGUUUUGGUCCUCUGCCUAAGAGGUGGUUGAGUUUUCCUUUUCUUUUGAUCCAAAUUAAUUGCAACCAACUCAAGUAGUCCUUCCCGGUGAAGUGAUAAGCAGCUUGAAUUGGCUGAAAUUUUCUAUUAUUUUGGUAGUGUUUCCCAUUUGGGAAUUUGUUCCUGUACUUUGGGAUAUAGCCUCCGACUUAUUUUAAGAGUUGUGGAGCAAUUAAGAUCAAAUAAAAGGUCAUGGGAAGGAUGUUGCCAGUAGAGAGCGCGGCUGUGUGCCUGGAUAGAACCAUCAACUGGAGCAACCGAGCAGGAAGGCGGUAGCACAAGUCUCAGCAACCUAGACAGAGACAUGUGCAAUAGGAUGAGCCAUAGCUUGGUCUAUGCGGCUGGCGGUGUGCAGCCAAGGAGGUUGGAGGUGUGACUGAAGAAGCUGGGUGUGAGGCUGUGGCAGGAUUGGCUGGAUAGGGCACUGUGCAGGUGCAGGCAUGUGGUUCUGGCAACUGACUGCUGAGCAGUUCCUUCUGGCAGCUUUUGGCUGUGAGCUUUUGGUGGCUAGGGCUCGCUAUGAAGGCUGGCUUGUGGUGGAAAUGGCUGUUGUGGUGGCUGAAGGUUAGGGUUGUGGUAGCCGGCAAUAAAGGUCAACCACCCUUUAGGGUUUUCUUAUUUUGGCAAUGAAGGUCAAAUAAGAUUUAUAGCAGAGUUUAUGGUUUCUUAACUUGACUCUAAUACUAUGUGAACAAUAGUUGGAUAUAUAUUUUAUUGAAUAUUAUAACUAUAUAUCAAAGUUUUCUAGAAUAGAAAAGGAAAUAGACUAUUAAUUAUAUAGGGUAUAUUUUACCAGAACGCCCUUUAACUCAAUUACACACUCCCUUUAAAAUGUUCUGAUAACUUAUUAGUUAGGAUCUGAUUUCCAGUGAAGGAGGGUAUACUUGUGAGUUUCGCUCUUAUGGAAUGUUUUCUUGACUCAA